AUGUCGGGCUAUCUUCAGUCUCCGGAGGAUAAAUUGGGGCCGAAACAGAUUGUGCGCGACGUGCAGGCUCCAGUGGCAGAGUCGGUGCCUACAUUUACAGCGUCAAGCCCGGAAGAUGGGCAGAUUGUGACUGAACAGGAGCGACAGAAUUUGCUUCGAGGGUUAUCGCAACGUCAUGUGCAAAUGAUUGCGAUUGCCGGUGCCAUCGGCACAGGACUCUUCCUCGGUCUGGGCGGGUCGAUCGCAACGGGGGGCCCUCUCGGAGCUCUUCUCGGAUACAUGUUUGUGGGAGCGAUUGUCUGCUCCAUUCAAUUUGCACUAGGAGAAGUGACGGCUUUGUUGCCCGUCACAGGUUCCUUUGUCCGUCAUGCGGAGGUUCUGAUUGAUCCUGCGCUUUCCUUUGCGGUCGGUUGGAACAUUGUCUACGGCUGCUUCCUGAGCGUACCGAGUGAAAUCUCGGCCGCUGUUGUCCUGAUACAGUAUUGGACAGAUAUCAAUGCUGCCGUGUGGGUAACCAUUCUUAUCAUUAUCUCCGUGGUAGUUGCCGUCUCCUUCAUUCGUGUCUAUGGCGAGGUGGAAUUCGUCUUUGCCAUUCUCAAGAUCCUGCUGGUCAUUUUUGUCGUGAUACUCGGUCUUGUGAUCAGCUUGGGUGGUGUUCCAGGACAUCCCCGCUCUGGAUUCCACUUUUGGAAGGAUCCUGGUCCGUUCGUUGAAUACAUCGCUACGGGUAGCUGGGGACACUUCCUCGGUUUCUGGGCCGUCAUGACCAACGCGGUGUACUCUUUUGCCGGCGUCGAGUCGAUUGCCAUGGCCGCUGCGGAGACAGUCAAUCCCCGUCAAAAUAUCCCAAAAGCGUGUAAGCGCGUCUUUGCUCGUGUCACGAUCUUUUACUUAGCCACCGUGAUCGUGGUUGGUAUGCUUGUUGCAAGCAAUGACCCAGCGCUGGGUGAUAGCUCGGGUACCGCAGCGCAGAGUCCGUUCGUCAUCGCCGCCAGUAGUGCUGGCAUCAAGGUCAUUCCAUCCUUGGUCAACGCCAUCUGUCUGACAUCUGCCUGGUCCGCGUCCAACCAGAGCAUUCUUGCAGGAACAAGAACGCUCUACGGUCUUGCGAUCAAGGGCCAUGCUCCCAAGAUCUUCCUUCGAACCAAUGCAUGGGGUGUGCCUUAUAUGUGUGUGCUUCUCCAGGUGGCCUUCUCGUUGCUGUCUUAUAUGUGCGUCUCGAGCGGCGCCUUGACCGUCUUUUGGUGGUUUGUGGAUCUCACGGCGGCGGGUACAUUGGUCUCAUGGAUCUGCAUCUCCUUGAACCAUAUCCGUCUAUUGCAAGCCAUGAAGAAGCAGAACAUUUCACCUGAUCUUCUGCCAUGGCACAACCGCAUCACGAGAUAUACAAGUUGGUUCGCCUUGGUCUCUUGCACCAUUAUCCUCUUCACAGGCGGCUUCGCCGUUUUCACAGAGGGCAACUGGAGCCCUGCAACCUUCGUGUCAAGCUACCUGGACAUUCCCCUUGUCCUAUGCGCAUACGGAGGCUACAAGCUCAUCCGCCGGACCAAAAUCGUGCCGCUCGACCAGAUCCCUCUUCAACAAGCACUUUACGAAGCGGAAAACGAUCCGGAGAAUGUACCUCUCAAGAAGGAUAGCUUCCUGGCCAAGGUUAACAUUUUGUGGGGUUAG